AUAUAUAUAUUUAUUUAUUCAUUUAUUUCUUCUAGGGGCUGCCUUUGGAGACUGGCUACAUUUGUGAUACUGAGAGUGAUUCGGGAGGCAAGGCCUCUGACAAUGACAUGGAUCCAGUGUUCACAGUCAGUACAAGAAAAGUUGCAGAACCUGUCCCAUCCAGCAUGAGCACAUCUAUGAGCAAAAGUUGUCCUCCUUUACCCACCCGUUCUGGCGGUGUGUCACGGUUGAUGGUGACUCCAAGAGUAUCUGGUCUGGAGAGGAGUCAGGAAAAAAGCCUGGAGCCACAUUACCCGGAGCCCGUUUCUUCUACCUCUUCGGCAUCCUUCUCCUGCCUGCCUUCCCACUCAACAGUAACGGCCUCAGCUACAGUCACCAGGUCUAACCAGCUCAAUGGUAGUAGCAGCCGCCACAACGCCAGCCCCCCACUAUCCAAACCCAAACCCUUCCUUACUUUGCCUGGACGACCUUCUAUGUAUAACAUCAGCAACAGGAGCAGCACUUCUCUCAAACCCUCAUCUUCGGCUUCAUCUGCUGCAUCUUCCUCAUCCUCUAUGCGUCCCCCCACUCCCUCCACAAGUGUGUCGCUGUCCCACAUCAGGGGCUCGGGAUCUACGGGGCCGCACCGGCCACCGUCAAGAGCCAGCUCUGGAGCCCUGUUCACCUCUUCACCUGGUUUACCGCCACCUCCACCUCUGCUGCAAGUCUCUGCUCACUCAACAGCACCAGAACGUGAAGGCAGGCGCAGCCUCCCAGGGGCCGAAAAUAAUGCAGCAGGAGCAGGCCGUUCUACUCCUGGCGGUCCGUCAGCUUCAAGUUCCACAUCAAGUUCUUCAGGCAGGACAUCCCAGAACCAGCCAAGCAUCCAACCCAUGGCCUUCCAGUUUCAUCAUCACAACCACCAGCACCAACACACGCACACGCACCAACACUUCACGCCCUUCCUGCACCCCACAGCUACUGCACCACCGCUGUUUGAUAAAUAUGCAGGCAAAAUGGACGGGCUGUAUCGACAUACUUUCUUUCCACAGUACCCACCACCCUCAGUGCCGAGUAUCCAGCCUGUGAUUCCUCCUACUGGGCCUUUUAGCUCCCUGCAGGGAGCGUUUCAGCCAAAGCCUAUUGUCCCUCAGGGAACGGGUCCUGAUAUGACUGCACGACUUGGGGUUGUGCCUCAUCACCUGCAGCCAAAAGACCCCAGGUUAACUGAUCCAUUUGGGACAUCGUUGAAAAUCAGUAAUAAACCAGGAAAAUGGUGUGCUAUGCAUGUAUAUGUGGCCUGGAUGAUUCUGAGUCAUCAGAAAAAAGUAAAGUUGAUGCAGGGUGAUCCCCACAAGCUAGACUUCCGGACUGACCUGCUGGCCCGUCUUCCUGGAGCUGGCCGGAUUGGGACCACUGGGGCACCUUGGAGGUGCCCUGCCUCCAACCCAUGACUUGACCAGACCUGCCAGUCUGUUUUCAGCUACAGGUGCAGUCAAUCCAUCCUCAGCACCUUUCCUGUCUCCAUCAGCACCGCACUCUUCUUUCCUUGGACCAACUGCACACUUGGAUCCAUAUGGCCGCUCCCCGCCAU